AUGGGUAUUCCCGCAGCCUUCCGAUGGCUAUCCAACAAAUAUCCCAAAAUCAUUUCUCCUGUUAUUGAACAAACGCCAAUCACCACCGAAGAUGGCAUCACCAUUCCCGUUGACACUACUCAGCCCAAUCCUAAUGGGGAAGAGCUCGACAACCUGUACCUGGACAUGAAUGGAAUUGUCCAUCCCUGCUCCCAUCCAGAGGAUAGGCCUGCGCCAGCCGAUGAGGAGGAGAUGAUGCUUGAAGUUUUCAGGUAUACGGACCGUGUUGUGAACAUGGUCCGCCCUCGUAAAAUUCUCAUGAUUGCCGUUGACGGAGUCGCACCAAGAGCCAAGAUGAACCAGCAACGAUCUCGUCGAUUUCGGUCAGCUCGGGAAGCCCAGGAAAAGGAAGAGGACAAGAAAGCGCUAAUCGAACUACUAAAACGCCAAAAUGGUGGUGUUUUCCCAGCUGCAGACUCGGAAACGGUUGUCAAGAAAGCUUUCGAUUCCAACUCCAUUACUCCAGGCACUCCAUUCAUGGAUAUCCUCGCCUUGAGUUUGCGAUAUUGGUGCCAAUACAAAUUAAAC